AUGGAAGAUUCCAAAUCUCCUCAUCUAAAAAGGAAACCUCCAAAGACAAACAAGGAGAGGUCAAGACAGCACAGAAUCAGGAAGAAGAAAUUUUUUGAAGAAAUUAUCACUGAGAAUGCAGAGUUGAGGAGACAAGUUAAGCAGUUGCAAAAAGAAAAUGCUAAAUUAAAAGAACAGAUCAGUAUAAUGCAAAGGGAAAGUCCCGAUUUGAAAGGGUCUAAGACCCAUUUGAAAUCUCAAUUUGAGCACAGUCUAGUUGAAUACGAAGACUAUCUUUACAAUCAUUUGUCAAAGAAAAUCAUUGCUAAUUCUGAAGAAGUCAGAUACACUGAACUAGCACAAGUUAUGGGUCAUAUCUGCGAGUGGAGUGAUGAUCGAGUUGACUACAUAAAGACUUGAUUCAAUAAAAUUCUUGACCACAUGAUUAGCCAAAGCUCUAAAUGAUAUUAUGCUUGAAACAAUAUUCUGCUCACGAAUACAUUGGAUGGCAAAGUGAAUCUGAAGAAAAGAAGCAAGAAGUAUUUUUUACAAUAACAUUAAGAAAUUUUAAGGAACAAAAUUAGAAAAUGAGGAUCUCUAUUGUAGCAUUCUUAACUUGCUUGACUUUAAUGCUAAAAUAUGUGGUAUUCUAUUAUUCUUUUAAACCUGUAUUUUAUUCAUAGAAAAGACCUUAUCAAUGUAACAGCUUUUCUUCUUUUAUAACUCAAAACCAUUUUAAUAAUUUUGACAAAUCAUCCGAACAAAAUGUAGCAGAGAACAUAUUCGCAGACAUUGAAUUUUCAGCCCAUGCCAAGUACUCCUUCAAAUGCCAUCACAAAGACUUAAAGCAAUUUCAUCAGAAGUUCAAGAAAAUAGCUAAAAAUUUGAUCAAACAGAGAAACAAGUUGUUGAAUUUGUAUCAAGAUAUCAAAGAUUUUGUUCAAGAUUUUAAUUUUUCUGACCGUUAGCAAAAUCGAUGUAGUCAACGACUUCAUUGUCCUUAAUAAUAAAGUAAAAGAGAUUGGUCUGAUUCAGAGCCAUAAAUUCUACGAUCUCCCUGAGAAGAGUCAUACAAAUACCAGAUAUGAAA